AUGGGUGUCCCGGCCCUCUUCCGAUGGCUUACGAAAAAGUACCCCAAGAUCAUUAGCCCUGUCAUUGAAGAACAACCCUACGAGAUUGAUGGCGUGAGUUACCCUGUCGAUACAACCAAGCCCAAUCCAAAUGGCGAGGAAAUGCACAAUCUAUAUCUUGAUUUCAAUGGUAUCGUCCAUCCUUGUUCACAUCCCGAGAACAAACCACCUCCAGCGGAUGAAAGUGAGAUGAUGUUGGAAAUUUUCAAGUACACAGAUCGCGUCGUGAACAUGGUCCGCCCGCGCAGACUACUCAUGAUCGCAAUUGACGGUGUUGCACCACGAGCAAAAAUGAAUCAGCAACGAGCUCGACGUUUCCGUUCGGCGCGCGAUGCAAAAGAGGCGGACGAGAAGAAAGCAGAGUUUCAAGCUCUACUGCGUCAGCAGAACCAGGGUAAAACAGAGGAGUCAACAGUCGAGGAAGUAAUCAAGAAAACCUGGGAUAGUAAUGUCAUCACCCCUGGCACGCCGUUCAUGUUCAUUCUUGCUCAAUCCAUCCGAUACUGGGUACAAUGGAAACUCAACACUGAUCCAGCCUGGGCUGAAUUAAAAGUUGUCAUCUCUGAUGCCAGUGUACCAGGUGAAGGUGAGCAUAAGAUCAUGCAAUUCAUUCGUUCUCAGCGAUCCGACCCUGAAUAUGAUCCCAAUACAAGACAUGUGAUGUACGGCCUGGACGCCGAUCUUAUUAUGCUUGGUAUCGCAACCCAUGAGCCACACUUCCGUGUUCUUCGAGAAGACGUCAAUAUCAGAGAUGCCAAAGCCAAAACCUGCAGACUGUGCGGUCAACAAGGGCACUAUGCAGAGAAUUGCAAAGGCAAUGCGAAAGUCAAGUCUGGUGAAUUUGAUGAAAAGGGAACCACUGAAGAAUUGAAGCCCUUCGUCUGGCUCAAUGUUCCCAUCCUGCGUGAGUAUCUCGGUGCAGAAAUGUUUGUUCCUGGGCAGUCUUUCCGUUUUGAUCUUGAACGUGCCCUUGAUGAUUGGGUCUUCAUGUGUUUCUUUGUCGGAAACGACUUUUUACCCCAUUUGCCCAGUCUGGAUAUUCAUGAAGACGGCAUAGAUAAGCUGAUUGCUAUCUGGAGAGAUAAUAUUCCGAUCAUGGGUGGUUAUUUGACCUGUGACGGUAAUGUUGAUCUUGCACGUGCUCAGGUGAUCCUUGAAGGCCUUGCUAAGCAGGAGGAUGCCAUUUUCAAACGCAGAAAAGAGACGGAGGACAAGAGAGAGCGGAAUCAACGACGCCGCGAUCAAGAAAAUGCCGCCAGAGAGCAGCGGUUCUCAAAGAAACGCCGAGGUUCUCCAGAUUACACGAAAGGUGGCCGUGCCGAUGCACGAGCUCCAACUGGUGCCGUUGAAACCUUCGAAGCCAGCAGCUUUCCAGCCUUGACGUACAACGAUAUCGUAAAUCGGCAAAACAUUGACAGAACAACCACAACAAACAAGAGUGCAGCUGCCAUCUUGAAGGAGCAAAUGCUUGCCAAGAAGGCGGCAGAGACUUCAGCGAAGAACGGCAUGCACGGCGUCGAACAAAUUCCAGGCUCAAGCGACGGAACCCUUAAUGCUCUGGGUAAACGCAAGGCUGAGGUUAUGGAAUCGGAGUCUGACAAUGGAACUCCUGGUCGCAACACACCCGUCGAGAAGCCUAAGUUCGAUCCAAACGAUCCUCCACCAGAUACCGUGCGUCUGUGGGAAGAGGGGUAUGCCGAUCGCUACUAUGAGCAGAAGUUUCAUGUUUCCCCGUCCGACAUCGAAUUUCGACACAAGGUUGCACGCUCAUAUGUCGAAGGAUUAAGUUGGGUACUGCUCUACUAUUUCCAAGGAUGCCCAUCAUGGACUUGGUAUUACCCGUAUCAUUAUGCACCAUUCGCUGCAGACUUUGUCGACUUGGACAAGAUGACUGUCAAAUUUGAUAAAGGAAAGCCUUUCCGACCUUAUGAGCAAUUGAUGGGUGUGUUGCCAGCAGCGUCCAACCACGCAAUCCCACCUGCUUUUCACCCCCUCAUGACCGAACCGGACUCCGACAUUAUCGACUUUUAUCCUGAGGAAUUUGACCUUGACGCAAACGGUAAGAAGCAGUCGUGGAAAGCCAUAGUCCUUCUUCCUUUCAUUGACGAGAAGCGUCUUCUUGCGGCGAUGGGAACCAAGUACCCGCUCUUAUCAGACAAUGAAAGAGCGAGAAAUGAAUUGGGUCAAGAUGCACUGCUCAUUUCUGACCAGAAUCCUCUCUAUGACGACUUGGCGCUUCAAUUCUACUCCAAGAAGCAGACAGAAGGUCCAGUGAAACUCAAUGUCCGCAAGGGACGACUCGCUGGCACUGCAUCAAAGAACGAGGACUUCCUUCCUCACAUGGAUCUAGUAGGUCCAGAAGAGGACAUCAAGCUCGAACCAGCCGUUGAUGAUGAUCGAUCUUUGAGCGUCCAUUUCACGAUGCCUCCACCCACGCAUGUUCACAAGAGUAUGUUGUUUCCUGGUGUGGUCUUACCAAAAGCAGUGCUUGAUCAGGGUGACCUGGCCAUUCUCAGGUCCAAAGCCAGGAACUCGGGUCGGGACUUUGGAGGGGCACCAUUAUACGACAAUAGCCGACGUGAUCCCUAUGACCAACAGAAUAGAGGCGGUCGUAUCAAUUACACGGCUGACCGAGCACCUUUGCGCGCUGAGCCUCCACCGCCCCCCGCAUUUGCCAAUGGUAAUCCAUUUGCGGCUUUACUAGAUCCGAGAUAUGCCCAAGGAGUGCCACCACCACCCCAACAAUAUGGCGGCCAGCAGGCGUACGAUCGUAACUACAACAAUGGUUAUGCCAGCCAGCAGGGAGGAUACAACGGCUAUCAAGACCAGCGUCGUGGUGCACCAGAUCAAGCUUAUCAUGGGGGCCAGCAAGGGCAAUAUCAACCUCGCGGACAAUACCAGCAAGGUGGCCAUCAAAAUGGAGGACGUGCUGUAAGUGAUGGCUACCACUAUGAUCAAGAUCGCAACAGAGACGAUCGUCGGGGUAAUGGAGGCUAUCGUAGUAGUGGUGGAUAUGAUCAGGGAUCUUAUGGCCGUAGAUAG